AUGAACAAUAAUAUAUGUGAUUAUCAUCCUGGACAAAGAAUUACUAUUUUGUGUUUAUACAAUUCAUGUUCAGAAGAUCGUUUAGGUUGUUAGAAGUGUUUACUCUCCUUACACAAAUCGCAUAUCAAAAGUUGUGUGUUGAUAUCUGAAAUCUAAAAGAAAUAAAAUUGUGUAGAAUUAUUAGCUAAUACUCAAAAUGAAUAAUAAAUUAUCAAAUUUUCAGAGGAUGAAUUAAUUCAUAAAGAAAAACUCAAUAAAAUCACAAACUAAUUGUAAUAAUCUUUAAAAGGUUGUUUAAAUAAUUAUAUACCCUUUAGGCUAUUUGAAACAAAUUAAAUUGAAUCUAUUAGAGCAAGAAUCCAAAUAAAAAACAAUACAAAUGAAACAUAAUAAAGAAAUAUUAAAUUCUUAUUAUAAUUCUUAUGAAUUUGAGAAAUUAAAGGAAUAAUUAGUUAAAUUUAAAACUGGCCAAUCAACAGAAGAAUAAGUAUGAUUAUUAUCCUUAUUAGAUAAAUGAUUUUAUAUCUCAAAUUAUUAAAGAUAGAUAAAACUUAUAAAAUGUUUGUUAGAAUUAAUUAAUAUAGGGAUCAAAAUAGAAUGGAUUACCUUAAGAAUUUAAAGAUAUGAUAGUUACAGAAGUCUGCAAUUCAUUGGAGUCUAUCAAGAAUUUUAUGAGAAAAGAUGAUUGUAAAUAAAUUAUCCAUAUAUAUUUUAGCUAUCUUUUUCUAUAAAUCUUAGCUUUCACAAGAAGAAGAUGCCAAUAUAUAAGAGACAAUUAAAGGGAAAUAAUUUAUAUUUAAUGAUUAAGAUGAAGUAUAAUUGAUUUAUGGAUCAUGUACACUCACAAAAGGAAUUUAUGAAUUUCAAAUUGCUAUAGAAUAUAUAUAAAGUGAAUAGUCUAAAUAAGAAGAAUAAUAGGAAGGUUUGGCUUCAAUUGUUAAUAAUUAAUCUUAAUUAUAUAAUCCUUACUCUUAACAUACUAUUGGUGGACAUAUCAGUAAUUCUGGAAUAUUUGCACAAUAAGAAUAUUAACACUUACAUAGAGUUUAUAUUGGAGUGGUGGAAGAUUUGGUUAAAGAUUAAAUGGCCACUUAUUCAAUAAUGUAUUAAACAUAGUAAUGUUGUGCUGUUGAUAUUAUAAGAGGAGCAGCUAUUGGAUCAUUUCAUAUGAAAUAAUAAUUAGGUGAAAAAAUAGAACCAAUCUAAUCUUUAUUUCAUAAGAAUAUGAAGAAAGGAUUGGUUUUAGCAUUCAAAAUUAAUUUAGAUGAAAAGUAUAAAAUUUAACAUAUUAUCUAUUAGUAAGCUUAUAUUAACAGAUAGUGAAAGUAAAACAAGAUAUGAAGGAUAAUUGUACAAUAUGACAGGUGACAAUAUUAAACCUUAUAUCUUAAUUUACAAGAGCAAUGUAAAAGUAACGAUUAAUUGA